UAACCAUCACCCCGAUUUCUCCAGUGCAAAUCGCCAAAAUCUCGUCAGGGUAACUCCACUUACCCCAGGGUACGUACUUCCGCACCCGCGGAAUCCCCAUCGUCAUCAACUCUCGACGACCAGACAGAAAUUCAGGCGCCAUUUGCAUUCAUCUCUGCCAUUUGUCUCUCUCCAAACAUAACCAACAAAAUUCCUGUAAAUACUUGUGUCGUCUGGCUCAUCACCACGACCCCGUGACUUCAACGUAUUUUCACACAUCACCAGCCUCCACUCAUGUGACAAAGAAGAAAACAAAAGAUAUGACUCGUUGGACUCGAUCGAGUUGAUCCGUAACCGGAGCUGAAGGUCUAGACUCACUCAGUCUGAGUGCUUUGUCUCGUCAACAGCUGAUUUCUGUCAGUCGACUUUGUGUUUUCAUCUGACAAAAGGUCGUCCGAGGUCCACUCAACUCUUCCGACAGCUCCAAUCAACAUCCAGCUUCGAAAAGGAUCUCAUUUGGAAAAAACAAUGGACUCUGAUGAAGAGACUCUCUAUGAUGAGGUGGACUCGGGGAAUGAGUCCAGCGGAGAUGACGUAGACUUCGCGAUGGAGUGUGAACCUGGUAAUCCGCGUGAACGUACCAACGACGCCGAUGACUACCCUUUCGAGGUCUUAACGACUGAGGAAAUUGUCCAGCACAUGGUGGAUUGUAUCAAGGAAGUGAACACAGUUGUCGAGAUUCCCGCGACGACAACAAGAAUAUUAUUGAAUCACUUCAAGUGGGACAAGGAGAAGCUCAUGGAGAGAUUUUACGAUGGGGAUCAGGAUAAAUUGUUCGCUGAAGCCAGGGUGGUUAAUCCAUUUCGUAAAGGUUCACUCAUUAGUAGAUCACGUUCUGCUCAAAGCUCAUUGUCCAGGAAGACAUCGACAAAUGGUACGGAGGAGUGUGGCAUUUGUUUCACAACAUUACCGUCUUCCAUGAUGACGGGGUUGGAGUGUGGGCAUCGCUUCUGUGCUGGCUGUUGGGGUGAAUAUUUGACAACAAAAAUCAUGGAGGAGGGUGUUGGUCAGACAAUAGCAUGUGCUGCCCAUGCAUGUGACAUUCUCGUUGAUGAUGCCAGUGUCAUGCGUUUAGUGAAGGACUCCAAAGUCAAGCUUAAAUAUCAACAUCUCAUUACAAACAGUUUUGUUGAGUGUAACAGGUUAUUGAGGUGGUGUCCAUCGCCGGAUUGCAACAGCGCUAUUAAAGUACAGUACGUCGAGGCAAAGCCAGUUACGUGUAAAUGUGCUCACACAUUUUGCUUUCACUGCGGGGAAAAUUGGCAUGAUCCAGUGAAAUGUCACUUACUACGUAAAUGGAUAAAAAAAUGUGACGAUGAUUCUGAAACGUCCAAUUGGAUAGCUGCCAAUACAAAAGAGUGCCCAAAAUGUAAUGUAACAAUUGAAAAAGACGGCGGAUGUAAUCAUAUGAUUUGCAAGAAUCAAAAUUGUAAGACAGAAUUUUGCUGGGUGUGUUUGGGCCCUUGGGAGCCACAUGGCUCUAGUUGGUACAGCUGCAAUCGUUAUGAUGAGGAUGAGGCUAGGGCUGCCAGGGAUACACAACAAAAAUCACGGUCAGCACUACAGAGAUACUUGUUCUACUGCAAUAGAUACAUGAAUCAUCUGCAGUCGCUCAAAUUUGAGAGUAAAUUGUAUGCCAGUGUCAAAGAAAAAAUGGAAGAGAUGCAGCAACAUAAUAUGUCUUGGAUUGAGGUCCAGUUUCUGAAGAAAGCAGUUGACAUUUUAUGUUUAUGUAGACAGACCUUAACGUACACAUACGUUUUUGCAUAUUAUUUGAGGAAAAAUAAUCAAUCUGUGAUCUUCGAGGAUAACCAGAAGGAUCUUGAAGGCGCAACUGAAUUGUUAUCGGAGUAUCUCGAGAGAAACAUUACGAGUGAAAAUCUUGCUGAUAUCAAGCAAAAAGUUCAGGAUAAAUACAGAUAUUGCGACAAUCGAAGGAAGGUAUUACUCGAGCACGUUCACGAGGGCUACGAAAAAGAAUGGUGGGACUAUACUGAAUAAAAAUAGCCAAACACGAACGGAAUUCUCCUCGUAUCAGGGAUGCAAUGGUCUGCCCCUCACUCUCUAGCCCUCCCGUGACCGCCGCAACUGUGAUAACUCGUUAAAAAAAUAAAUUAAUGAAAAUUCAAACAAAAAGUAUAUAUAACAGGUUUCGAUGAGAGACAGGAAUAAAGGAAAAUCCUUUUUUCAUAGAUUCAAAAUUUUUUCUCCAAUUUUGAUCUGAAACGAAGGCAAAAUUAGAUCAAUUUGUUUCUGCUUUCUUUUUGUUUGUUUUUGCGCAGCUCUCGAGUCUGAGGUAUUAGUGUUUUUAUUGCACGAUGGCGGUUCGAGAUACUUAAAAUUUACUAAAAAAAACUGGUAUAAAUGUGAUUUUGUGGAAGAAAAUGAAUAAUGUACAAUUACGAAUUGAUUAAUUUUGUUUUUUUAAAGGUGAAAGUGAAGAGAACACAUUUUUUGAAAGACGUCUGUCAAUGGAUCUUGAAUUUUCUUCUAAAAAUGAUAAACCAAAAAUGAAAAACAAGUGGAGAGAAUGGAGAUGAAGAACUCUAGGCAUAAAUAACAUGUUGGUUUUUUUUAAUGGAAUUUUUAAUUGGUAGUCGAGAAAAUAAACUGGUUGAUGAGAUGUGGAUAAUGGAAGAUGCGAGAGACAUUGUGUUAUCUCUAGUGAACAGAAGCUCGAGCAAGAUAUAGUAAAUUACUUUUUUUUUCAUGGUAGUGUGAAAUAUUUUGCGGUCGCUCUCGGUCAAGAGACACGUCCAGGCUACAACUGCCAUGAUAUUUUCAAGAGUAAUAAAUAAAUGUUUGAAAGAUGAAAAAUGAUAA